AUGAUUGUGGACUUCAGGAAGAGCACUGUCCCCCCGCCCCCACCCUCCGUGAUGGACUCCCCCAUCACCUCUGUGGAGUCCUUCCGUUUCCUGGGCACCACCAUCACCCAGGACCUCAAGUGGGAGCCGACCAUCAGCUCCCUCAUCAAGAAGGCCCAGCAGAGGAUGUACUUCCUGCGGCAGCUCAGGAAAGCCAAGCUGCCUGCACAGAUAUUGACCUCCUCCAUCACCUCCUCCAUCACCUCCUCCAUCACCUCCUCCAUCACCUCCUCCAGCACCUCCUCCAUCACCUCCUCCACCACCUCCUCCAUCCCCUCCUCCAUCACCUCCUCCAUCACCUACUCCAUCACCUCCUCCAUCACCUCCUGCAUCACCUCCUCCAUCACCUCCUCCAUCUCCUCCUCCAUCUCCUCCUCCAUCACCUCCUCCGUCACCUCCUCCGUCACCUCCUCCAUCACCUCCUCCAUCACCUCCUCAUCACCUCCUCAUCACCUCCUCCAUCACAUCCUCCAUCUCCUCCUCCAUCUCCUCCUCCAUCACCUCCUUCAUCACCUCCUGCAUCACCUCCUGCAUCACCUCCUCCAUCACCUCCUCCAUCUCCUCCUCCAUCUCCUCCUCCAUCACCUCCUCCAUCACCUCCUCAUCACCUCCUCCAUCACCUCCUCCAUCACCUCCUCAUCACCUCCUCCAUCACCUCCUCCAUCACCUCCUCCAUCACCUCCUCCAUCUCCUCCUCCAUCACCUCCUCCAUCACCUCCUCCAUCACCUCCUCCAUCUCCUCCUCCAUCUCCUCCAUCUCCUCCUCCUCCUCCAUCACCUCCUCCAUCUCCUCCUCCAUCACCUCCUCCAUCACCUCCUCAUCACCUCCUCCAUCACCUCCUCCAUCACCUCCUCCAUCACCUCCUCCAUCACCUCCACCAUCACCUCCUCCAUCACCUCCUCCAUCACCUCCUCCAUCACCUCCUCCAUCACCUCCUCAUCACCUCCUCCAUCACCUCCUCCACCACCACGUCCUCCACCACCACGUCCUCCAUCACCUCCUCCAUCACCUCCUCCAUCACCUCCUCCAGCACCUUCUCCAUCACCUCCUCCAUCACCUCCUCCAGCACCUCCUCCAUCACCUCCUCCAUCACCUCCACCAUCACCUUCUCUAUCACCUCCUCCAUCACCUCCUCCAUUACCUCCUCCGUCACCUCCUCCGUCACUUCCUCCAUCACCUCCUGCAUCACCUCCUCCAUCACCUCCUCCAUCUCCUCCUCCAUCUCCUCCUCCAUCACCUCCUCCAUCACCUCCUCCGUCACCUCCUCCAUCACCUCCUCCAUCACCUCCUCCAUCACCUCCUCAUCACCUCCUCCAUCACCUCCUCCAUCUCCUCCUCCAUCUCCUCCUCCAUCACCUCCUCCAUCACCUCCUGCAUCACCUCCUCCAUCACCUCCUCCAUCUCCUCCUCCAUCUCCUCCUCCAUCACCUCCUCCAUCACCUCCUCAUCACCUCCUCCAUCACCUCCUCAUCACCUCCUCCAUCACCUCCUCCAUCACCUCCUCCUUCUCCUCCUCCAUCUCCUCCUCCAUCACCUCCUCCAUCACCUCCUCCAUCUCCUCCUCCAUCUGCUCCUCCAUCUCCUCCUCCAUCACCUCCUCCAUCUCCUCCUCCAUCACCUCCUCCAUCACCUCCUCCAUCACCUCCUCCAUCACCUCCUCCAUCACCUCCUCCAUCACCUCCUCCAUCACCUCCACCAUCACCUCCUCCAUCACCUCCUCCAUCACCUCCUCCAUCUCCUCCUCCAUCACCUCCUCCAUCACCUCCUCCAUCACCUCCUCCACCACCACGUCCUCCACCACCACGUCCUCCAUCACCUCCUCCAUCACCUCCUCCAUCACCUCCUCCAGCACCUUCUCCAUCACCUCCUCCAUCACCUCCUCCAGCACCUCCUCCAUCUCCUCCUCCAUCACCUCCUCCAUCACCUCCACCAUCACCUUCUCUAUCACCUCCUCCAUCACCUCCUCCAUCACCUCCUCCGUCACCUCCUCCGUCACCUCCUCCAUCACCUCCUCCUCCAUCACCUCCUCCAUCACCUCCUCCAUCACCUCCUCCAGCACCUCCAUCACCUCCUCCAUCCACCUCCUCUAUCAGCUCCUCCAUCACCUCCUCCUCUGUCCUCAGUCUGUCCUCAGUCUGUCCUCAGUCUGUCCUCAGUCUGUCCUCAGUCUGUCCUCUGUCUGUCCUCAGUCUGUCCUCUGUCUGUCCUCUGUCUGUCCUCUGUCUGUCCUCAGUCUGUCCUCUGUCUGUCCUCAGUCUGUCCUCAGUCUGUCCUCAGUCUGUCCUCAGUCUGUCCUCAGUCUGUCCUCAGUCUGUCCUCAGUCUGUCCUCUGUCUGUCCUCAGUCUGUCCUCUGUCUGUCCUCUGUCUGUCCUCUGUCUGUCCUCAGUCUGUCCUCAGUCUGUCCUCAGUCUGUCCUCUGUCUGUCCUCAGUCUGUCCUCUGUCUGUCCUCAGUCUGUCCUCUGUCUGUCCUCAGUCUGUCCUCUGUCUGUCCUCAGUCUGUCCUCUGUCCUCAGUCUGUCCUCUGUCUGUCCUCAGUCUGUCCUCAGUCUGUCCUCUGUCUGUCCUCUGUCUGUCCUCUGUCUGUCCUCAGUCUGUCCUCAGUCUGUCCUCAGUCUGUCCUCAGUCUGUCCUCUGUCUGUCCUCUGUCUGUCCUCAGUCUGUCCUCAGUCUGUCCUCAGUCUGUCCUCAGUCUGUCCUCUGUCUGUCCUCAGUCUGUCCUCUGUCUGUCCUCUGUCCUCAGUCUGUCCUCUGUCUGUCCUCAGUCUGUCCUCUGUCUGUCCUCAGUCUGUCCUCUGUCUGUCCUCUGUCUGUCCUCUGUCUGUCCUCAGUCUGUCCUCAGUCUGUCCUCAGUCUGUCCUCUGUCUGUCCUCAGUCUGUCCUCUGUCUGUCCUCAGUCUGUCCUCUGUCUGUCCUCAGUCUGUCCUCUGUCUGUCCUCAGUCUGUCCUCUGUCCUCAGUCUGUCCUCUGUCUGUCCUCAGUCUGUCCUCAGUCUGUCCUCUGUCUGUCCUCUGUCUGUCCUCUGUCUGUCCUCAGUCUGUCCUCAGUCUGUCCUCAGUCUGUCCUCUGUCUGUCCUCAGUCUGUCCUCUGUCUGUCCUCUGUCUGUCCUCAGUCUGUCCUCUGUCUGUCCUCAGUCUGUCCUCUGUCUGUCCUCAGUCUGUCCUCUGUCUGUCCUCAGUCUGUCCUCUGUCUGUCCUCUGUCAGUCCUCUGUCCUCAGUCUGUCCUCAGUCUGUCCUCAGUCUGUCCUCUGUCCUCAGUCUGUCCUCUGUCUGUCCUCAGUCUGUCCUCUGUCCUCAGUCUGUCCUCUGUCUGUCCUCAGUCUGUCCUCAGUCUGUCCUCUGUCUGUCCUCAGUCUGUCCUCUGUCUGUCCUCUGUCUGUCCUCAGUCUGUCCUCAGUCUGUCCUCAGUCUGUCCUCUGUCUGUCCUCUGUCAGUCCUCUGUCCUCAGUCUGUCCUCAGUCUGUCCUCAGUCUGUCCUCUGUCUGUCCUCAGUCUGUCCUCUGUCUGUCCUCUGUCAGUCCUCUGUCCUCAGUCUGUCCUCAGUCUGUCCUCAGUCUGUCCUCAGUCUGUCCUCUGUCUGUCCUCUGUCAGUCCUCUGUCCUCAGUCUGUCCUCAGUCUGUCCUCAGUCUGUCCUCAGUCUGUCCUCUGUCUGUCCUCAGUCUGUCCUCUGUCUGUCCUCUGUAAGUCCUCUGUCCUCAGUCUGUCCUCAGUCUGUCCUCUGUCUGUCCUCAGUCUGUCCUCUGUCUGUCCUCUGUCAGUCCUCUGUCCUCAGUCUGUCCUCAGUCUGUCCUCAGUCUGUCCUCAGUCUGUCCUCUGUCUGUCCUCAGUCUGUCCUCUGUCUGUCCUCCUGUCCUCAGUCUGUCCUCUGUCUGUCCUCAGUCUGUCCUCUGUCUGUCCUCAGUCUGUCCUCUGUCUGUCCUCAGUCUGUCCUCUGUCUGUCCUCUGUCAGUCCUCUGUCCUCAGUCUGUCCUCAGUCUGUCCUCAGUCUGUCCUCUGUCCUCAGUCUGUCCUCUGUCUGUCCUCAGUCUGUCCUCAGUCUGUCCUCUGUCUGUCCUCUGUCUGUCCUCAGUCUGUCCUCAGUCUGUCCUCAGUCUGUCCUCUGUCUGUCCUCUGUCAGUCCUCUGUCCUCAGUCUGUCCUCAGUCUGUCCUCAGUCUGUCCUCUGUCUGUCCUCAGUCUGUCCUCUGUCUGUCCUCUGUCAGUCCUCUGUCCUCAGUCUGUCCUCAGUCUGUCCUCAGUCUGUCCUCAGUCUGUCCUCUGUCUGUCCUCUGUCAGUCCUCUGUCCUCAGUCUGUCCUCAGUCUGUCCUCAGUCUGUCCUCAGUCUGUCCUCUGUCUGUCCUCAGUCUGUCCUCUGUCUGUCCUCUGUAAGUCCUCUGUCCUCAGUCUGUCCUCAGUCUGUCCUCUGUCUGUCCUCAGUCUGUCCUCUGUCUGUCCUCUGUCAGUCCUCUGUCCUCAGUCUGUCCUCAGUCUGUCCUCAGUCUGUCCUCAGUCUGUCCUCUGUCUGUCCUCAGUCUGUCCUCUGUCUGUCCUCUGUCAGUCCUCUGUCCUCAGUCUGUCCUCAGUCUGUCCUCUGUCUGUCCUCAGUCUGUCCUCUGUCUGUCCUCUGUCUGUCCUCUGUCUGUCCUCUGUCAGUCCUCUGUCCUCAGUCUGUCCUCAGUCUGUCCUCUGUCUGUCCUCAGUCUGUCCUCUGUCUGUCCUCUGUCAGUCCUCUGUCUGUCCUCAGUCUGUCCUCUGUCUGUCCUCAGUCUGUCCUCUGUCUGUCCUCUGUCAGUCCUCUGUCUGUCCUCAGUCUGUCCUCUGUCUGUCCUCUGUCUGUCCUCUGUCUGUCCUCUGUCAGUCCUCUGUCUGUCCUCAGUCUGUCCUCAGUCUGUCCUCUGUCUGUCCUCUGUCUGUCCUCUGUCUGUCCUCAGUCUGUCCUCAGUCUGUCCUCAGUCUGUCCUCUGUCUGUCCUCAGUCUGUCCUCUGUCUGUCCUCUGUCUGUCCUCAGUCUGUCCUCAGUCUGUCCUCUGUCUGUCCUCUGUCUGUCCUCUGUCUGUCCUCAGUCUGUCCUCUGUCUGUCCUCAGUCUGUCCUCUGUCUGUCCUCAGUCUGUCCUCUGUCUGUCCUCAGUCUGUCCUCUGUCUGUCCUCAGUCUGUCCUCUGUCUGUCCUCUGUCAGUCCUCUGUCCUCAGUCUGUCCUCAGUCUGUCCUCUGUCUGUCCUCAGUCUGUCCUCAGUCUGUCCUCUGUCUGUCCUCUGUCUGUCCUCAGUCUGUCCUCAGUCUGUCCUCAGUCUGUCCUCUGUCUGUCCUCUGUCAGUCCUCUGUCCUCAGUCUGUCCUCAGUCUGUCCUCAGUCUGUCCUCUGUCUGUCCUCAGUCUGUCCUCUGUCUGUCCUCUGUCAGUCCUCUGUCCUCAGUCUGUCCUCUGUCUGUCCUCUGUCAGUCCUCUGUCCUCAGUCUGUCCUCAGUCUGUCCUCAGUCUGUCCUCAGUCUGUCCUCUGUCUGUCCUCAGUCUGUCCUCUGUCUGUCCUCUGUAAGUCCUCUGUCCUCAGUCUGUCCUCAGUCUGUCCUCAGUCUGUCCUCUGUCUGUCCUCAGUCUGUCCUCUGUCUGUCCUCUGUCAGUCCUCUGUCCUCAGUCUGUCCUCAGUCUGUCCUCAGUCUGUCCUCAGUCUGUCCUCUGUCUGUCCUCAGUCUGUCCUCUGUCUGUCCUCUGUCAGUCCUCUGUCCUCAGUCUGUCCUCAGUCUGUCCUCUGUCUGUCCUCAGUCUGUCCUCUGUCUGUCCUCUGUCUGUCCUCUGUCAGUCCUCUGUCCUCAGUCUGUCCUCAGUCUGUCCUCUGUCUGUCCUCAGUCUGUCCUCUGUCUGUCCUCUGUCUGUCCUCUGUCAGUCCUCAGUCUGUCCUCAGUCUGUCCUCUGUCUGUCCUCAGUCUGUCCUCUGUCUGUCCUCUGUCAGUCCUCUGUCUGUCCUCAGUCUGUCCUCUGUCUGUCCUCUGUCUGUCCUCUGUCUGUCCUCUGUCAGUCCUCUGUCUGUCCUCAGUCUGUCCUCAGUCUGUCCUCUGUCUGUCCUCUGUCUGUCCUCUGUCUGUCCUCAGUCUGUCCUCUGUCUUUCCUCAGUCUGUCCUCUGUCUGUCCUCAGUCUGUCCUCAGUCUGUCCUCAGUCUGUCCUCAGUCUGUCCUCUGUCUGUCCUCAGUCUGUCCUCUGUCUGUCCUCAGUCUGUCCUCUGUCUGUCCUCAGUCUGUCCUCUGUCUGUCCUCAGUCUGUCCUCAGUCUGUCCUCAGUCUGUCCUCUGUCUGUCCUCAGUCUGUCCUCAGUCUGUCCUCAGUCUGUCCUCAGUCUGUCCUCAGUCUGUCCUCUGUCUGUCCUCAGUCUGUCCUCUGUCUGUCCUCAGUCUGUCCUCUGUCUGUCCUCAGUCUGUCCUCUGUCUGUCCUCAGUCUGUCCUCUGUCUGUCCUCAGUCUGUCCUCUGUCCUCAGUCUGUCCUCUGUCUGUCCUCAGUCUGUCCUCUGUCUGUCCUCUGUCUGUCCUCUGUCUGUCCUCUGUCUGUCCUCAGUCUGUCCUCAGUCUGUCCUCAGUCUGUCCUCUGUCUGUCCUCAGUCUGUCCUCUGUCUGUCCUCUGUCUGUCCUCAGUCUGUCCUCAGUCUGUCCUCUGUCUGUCCUCUGUCUGUCCUCUGUCUGUCCUCAGUCUGUCCUCUGUCUGUCCUCAGUCUGUCCUCUGUCUGUCCUCAGUCUGUCCUCUGUCUGUCCUCAGUCUGUCCUCUGUCUGUCCUCAGUCUGUCCUCUGUCUGUCCUCUGUCAGUCCUCUGUCCUCAGUCUGUCCUCAGUCUGUCCUCAGUCUGUCCUCUGUCCUCAGUCUGUCCUCUGUCCUCAGUCUGUCCUCUGUCUGUCCUCUGUCUGUCCUCAGUCUGUCCUCAGUCUGUCCUCAGUCUGUCCUCUGUCUGUCCUCUGUCAGUCCUCUGUCCUCAGUCUGUCCUCAGUCUGUCCUCUGUCUGUCCUCAGUCUGUCCUCUGUCUGUCCUCUGUCAGUCCUCUGUCCUCAGUCUGUCCUCAGUCUGUCCUCAGUCUGUCCUCAGUCUGUCCUCUGUCUGUCCUCUGUCAGUCCUCUGUCCUCAGUCUGUCCUCAGUCUGUCCUCAGUCUGUCCUCAGUCUGUCCUCUGUCUGUCCUCAGUCUGUCCUCUGUCUGUCCUCUGUAAGUCCUCUGUCCUCAGUCUGUCCUCAGUCUGUCCUCAGUCUGUCCUCUGUCUGUCCUCAGUCUGUCCUCUGUCUGUCCUCUGUCUGUCCUCUGUCAGUCCUCUGUCCUCAGUCUGUCCUCAGUCUGUCCUCAGUCUGUCCUCUGUCUGUCCUCAGUCUGUCCUCUGUCUGUCCUCUGUCAGUCCUCUGUCCUCAGUCUGUCCUCAGUCUGUCCUCAGUCUGUCCUCAGUCUGUCCUCUGUCUGUCCUCAGUCUGUCCUCUGUCUGUCCUCUGUCUGUCCUCUGUCUGUCCUCUGUCAGUCCUCUGUCCUCAGUCUGUCCUCUGUCUGUCCUCUGUCUGUCCUCUGUCUGUCCUCUGUCUGUCCUCUGUCUGUCCUCUGUCAGUCCUCUGUCCUCAGUCUGUCCUCAGUCUGUCCUCUGUCUGUCCUCAGUCUGUCCUCUGUCUGUCCUCUGUCUGUCCUCUGUCUGUCCUCUGUCUGUCCUCAGUCUGUCCUCGUCUGUCCUCAGUCUGUCCUCUGUCUGUCCUCUGUCAGUCCUCUGUCUGUCCUCAGUCUGUCCUCUGUCUGUCCUCUGUCUGUCCUCUGUCUGUCCUCUGUCAGUCCUCUGUCUGUCCUCAGUCUGUCCUCAGUCUGUCCUCUGUCUGUCCUCUGUCUGUCCUCUGUCUGUCCUCAGUCUGUCCUCUGUCUUUCCUCAGUCUGUCCUCUGUCUGUCCUCAGUCUGUCCUCAGUCUGUCCUCAGUCUGUCCUCUGUCUGUCCUCAGUCUGUCCUCUGUCUGUCCUCUGUCUGUCCUCUGUCCUCUGUCUGUCCUCAGUCUGUCCUCAGUCUGUCCUCAGUCUGUCCUCUGUCUGUCCUCUGUCUGUCCUCUGUCAGUCCUCUGUCUGUCCUCAGUCUGUCCUCAGUCUGUCCUCUGUCUGUCCUCUGUCUGUCCUCUGUCUGUCCUCAGUCUGUCCUCUGUCUUUCCUCAGUCUGUCCUCUGUCUGUCCUCAGUCUGUCCUCAGUCUGUCCUCAGUCUGUCCUCUGUCUGUCCUCAGUCUGUCCUCUGUCUGUCCUCUGUCUGUCCUCUGUCCUCUGUCUGUCCUCAGUCUGUCCUCAGUCUGUCCUCUGUCUGUCCUCAGUCUGUCCUCAGUCUGUCCUCUGUCUGUCCUCAGUCUGUCCUCUGUCUGUCCUCUGUCUGUCCUCUGUCUGUCCUCUGUCUGUCCUCUGUCCUCAGUCUGUCCUCUGUCUGUCCUCAGUCUGUCCUCAGUCUGUCCUCUGUCUGUCCUCAGUCUGUCCUCUGUCAGUCCUCAGUCUGUCCUCUGUCUGUCCUCUGUCUGUCCUCUGUCCUCAGAGAGGAGCUGGAGGGAACAGGAGGAACCAGAAACAGGAGGAUCCCCUCCAGUUACAGAUGUAAAGCUCACAUGCUGUCAGAGACGACCUCCCCCUCUCAUCCAAUCAGCUCUCAGAGACGACCUCCCCCUCUCAGCCAAUCAGCUCUCAGAGACGACCUCCCCCUCUCAGCCAAUCAGCUCUCAGAGACGACCUCCCCCUCUCAGCCAAUCAGCUCUCAGAGACGACCUCCCCCUCUCAGCCAAUCAGCUCUCAGAGACGACCUCCCCCUCUCAGCCAAUCAGCUCUCAGAGACGACCUCCCCCUCUCAGCCAAUCAGCUCUCAGAGACGACCUCCCCCUCUCAGCCAAUCAGCUGAGGGCUCUUAG